CCAAAGGCACUGUUACCGGUACUGGAAUUUACUGUGCUGUGUGUAUGUGUUAGAGAGAGGAUAGAGACCUAGUGCUGAAAAAUGCGAGUUAGUGUACAUGUAUAUGAAAGUUUGUAAAGGUGUGUAUUUGUACAUGAUUCCUGUGGUGAAAGCUUGUGUUUGGUGAAGGGGCCAAAGUGUGGAAGUAGGGAAGAAGAUUGUGGUCAAAAUGAAGAUUCUGCUUUGGUUCCUGUGGAGCUGCCAGUUUCUAAUUCACACAGGUGCAUCAGAGGGUGAACGGAUGCUCCUGGAGGAUUUGUUUCAGGAUUACAACUUGAAGGUGCGGCCAGCACGUAUCUGGAAUGAGAGAGUGAUGGUCAGAGUGGGAAUGACUUUAGUACAACUCAUCAGCUUGGAUGAGAAGAAAGAAGAAAUGACAACCAAUGUGUUCAUGAAUAUGGCAUGGACUGACUACAGGUUAUCUUGGAAUCCUGCAGACUAUGACAACAUUAAUGUUGUGCGAAUUCCUCUCACAAAAGUGUGGCGUCCAGACAUCUACCUAAUCAACAAUAAUGAUGGUCAGUUUGAUGUUGCCCUGCUUGUGAACGUACUAGUGAACAGUGAUGGCACCGUCUCUUGGUAUCCACCGGCUAUCUACCGCAGCAGCUGUUCCUUAGAGGUGGCGUACUUCCCAUUCGACUGGCAGAACUGCACAAUGGUGUUUCACUCUUACACGUAUGAUUCCUCAGAAGUGGACCUUCAAUAUGGUCUGGAUGAAGAUGGCAAUGAGCUUCAUGAGAUUGUAAUCGAUGAGAAUGCUUUCACUGAGAAUGGUGAGUGGCAAAUUUGUCACAAACCCUCCAGAAAGAACAUCCAGGAUGACCUGUAUGAGGACAUCACCUUCUACCUGAUCAUAGAGAGGAAGCCUCUGUUCUACAUAAUAAACAUCAUCAUCCCCUGCAUCCUCACCAGUGUGCUGGCCAUAUUCGUUUUUUAUCUGCCACCUGGUGCAUGUGAGAAGAUGACUCUGUCCAUCUCAGUCCUCAUCACUCUCACUGUUUUCAUGCUGUUGUUGGCUGAUAAAGUUCCAGAGACAUCUCUUGGGAUUCCUAUUAUCGUUAACUACGUAAUGUUCACCAUGAUUUUGGUGAUGUUCUCAGUCAUCCUUAGCGUGGUCGUGCUGAACUUCCACCACAGGACUCAACGCACACACCACAUGCCCCUAUGGGUGCGAAAGGUUUUCAUUAACUUCCUCCCUCGGUACUUGGGUGUGCUAAGGCCUCAGUCUGAGGAACCAAUGGAGGAAGAGGCAAAGGAAAAUGUUCCUCUAGGUGGUUUGGGCCAAAGCCUCAGACCUGGAGGUGAAUAUUUCAUCCGAAAGAUCAACCCAGAACUGGUUAUGCCAUGGAGAGGAAUUCACAAUGAGAGCACUGUGAAGUUGCAGAGAUUUUCAAACAGUGACAACUAUUGUCUGAUUCUGCCUUCAACUCUCAAAUCUGCCAUUGUUGCCAUUACUUACAUAGCUGAACAACUGAAGAAACAGGAUGUGGAUGAUACGAUGACAGAUGACUGGCAGUACAUUGCAGUGGUUUUGGACCGGCUUUUCCUCUGGCUCUUUGUUAUCAUCACUACAUUGGGCACACUGGCCAUGUUUCUGGAUGCCAGUUUCAACUACACUCCUGACCAGCCUUUCCCCUAAACAGAACCCCAAAACAAUAACCACACAGCAACUGUACAUGCAACCCACAUUAGGGUGGUUUUCCACAUGAACGCAUUAAACUGUGGGACUGUAGUUUGUGUAAUUUGACUCAAGAGGGCAGCAGAGAAUUAUACAUGUAUUUUCUACAGUCUGUUCUCUUCUUUCUUUGUUUCUUUCUUUGAUAUAAAUUUAAACUAAUUCUUUCAUGAUAUUGUGUUAUUCUCAACAUUUUGUCAGGUUUAAGAUAUGUCAUUCUUCUUGUCAUAUAAAAUAAGAUUAUUUUAACUGGGUUUUUUUAUAUACAUAUUUGUCCCUUAUUACCUAUUUACUAUAUUAUAUAUUAUACAUACUGUGUAAGCGAUAAGCCAUGGCUAGGUUCUUUACACAGUAUAGCUUUUUUCCUCCAUCAAGCCAGAGGUAAUUAAAUAAAGAGAGCAUGUAUUCAUUGCCUUUUCUUCUAAAUCUCUCUGAUUUGUCAUUUAUUAAUUAUAUGACAACUUUGUUUAAUUUUUUUAGUUCUCUGUUU